AAUGUCAAGUUGACAUUGACGUUACAUUGUGUUGUUUGUUGUUUCAGCUGUUCAUCGUAAACGCAACGUUUUACAAAAAUAUUAAACAAACGUAAUUAGCAAUUAUAAUACUAUUGGAAGUAAUAAAAUUGCAUACACACACUUAUGAAUAUCAUUUUAAGGCCGGGUGUCUUUAACUGCUUGAACAUCCAUAGAAAUAUGUCCGGUAUGGUAGGAAUUAUUGAAUACACUAUACGGAACAAAUUGCUAUCCUUACUUGAAGCUAAACAUUUGGAUGUGAUCAAUGAAUCCCACAUGCAUAAUGUGCCGAAGGGAGCUGAGACGCACUUUAAAGUAGUAGUUGUUUCUGAUAAAUUUGAAGGAUUGCCGUUAAUCAAGAGACAUCGCUUAGUCAAUGACAUUCUGAAAGAUGAACUUCAAAGUGGGGUCCAUGCCCUAUCCAUCAUAGCUAAAACGCCUCAGCAAUGGGAUUGUAGUGACAAAGUCGUUGAAAGUAGCCCUACCUGCAAAGGUGGAUUUGGAAAGUAGUUUCUAUUUAAUGAAUUAUAAUAAAUUUUAUUAUUGGUCUGUUUAGAAUAAAUGUUGAUAUUUUA